UCUCAGAGGCGGGGUCACGUGCCCACUGCCGCUGGGUUAGGACGCGGGUUGCUAGUGGUGGCGGAGGGUGGGCUCUGUAGCCGGCGAAGUCCACUGAGAGCGGUCGGGGCUGCCAGAGUCCUUGCGUUGGCAGGAUGUCCCUGGCUGCCUACUGUGUCAUCUGCUGCAGAAGGCUAGGAUCCUUUCCUCCCCGAUCAAAAAGUCACAUGUCCUGGAGAAGUAUCCGAAAUAUAAUCAGAUUUACUGGAUCUCUUAUCGUAGGGGGUUCUCUAUUUAUUACAUACGAAGUGCUGGCCCUGAAAAAGUCUUUAAUGUUGGAUACUCAGGUGGUGGAAAGAGAAAAAAUGAAGUCUUACAUCUAUGUGCACAAGGCUCCUGUAGACAGGCUAGACAACCGUGGGAUUGUUUGGCAGGCAAGAAAAGAACUUCACAGAGCAGUAAGAAAAGUGUUGGCGGCAGCAGCCAAGGCACUGCGGAGCCCAUUUGCUGACUCCUUCAGCACAGUCGACAUAGAAGAUCAUGACUGUGGAGUGUGGCUGCUCCUGAGGAAGAGCCGGGAGGACAAUCGAGCUGCACGACUGGAGGCUGUGCAGGAGAUGUCAGAGGCUCACCACUGGCAUGACUACCAGUACAGGAUAAUUGCUCAAGCCUGUGACCCGAGGACCCUUAUUGGUUUGGCACGAAGCAAAGAAAGUGAUCUUCGCUUUUUUCUCCCACCCCCUCCAUUGCCACCUUUAAAAGAAGACUCCUCCACCGAAGAGGAACUCAGGCAUUUGCUGGCUUCUUUACCUCAGACGGAGCUUGAUGAGUGUCUCCAGUAUUUUACAUCCUUGGCUCUUAGUGAAAGCAGCCAGAGCCUGGCUGCACAGAAGGGAGGACUGUGGUGUUUUGGAGGAAAUGGACUGCCUUACGCGGAAAGCUUCGGGAAAGUUCCCUCAGCUACAGUGGAAAUGUUCUGUUUAGAAGCCAUAGUAAAGCAUUCGGAGAUACCUUCACACUGUGACCACAUUGAAGCAGGUGGGGGCUUGCAGCUCCUGCAGAGGCUCUACCAGCUUCACAAGGACUGCCCCAAAAUACAGAGAAACGUCCUGAGGAUCAUUGGAAACAUGGCUUUGAAUGAGCAUCUUCACCCUGCUAUAGUCCACUCAGGAUGGGUAUCUCUCAUGGCAGAAGCCUUGAAAUCCUGCCAUAUUAUGGAGGCUUCCCACGCCGCCAGAACCCUGGCUAACCUGGACCGAGAAACUGUGGGUGAGAAAUACCAGGACGGAGUAUAUGUGCUCCAUCCCCAGUGUCGGACAAGUCAGCCCAUUAAAGCCGAUGUCCUUUUUAUUCAUGGCCUUAUGGGAGCAGCGUUUAAAACCUGGCGCCAGCAUGACAGCCAGCGGGCUCUGACUGAAAAUACUGUGGCGGAUGAAGACAGGUACACUACAUGCUGGCCCAAGACAUGGCUAGCUAAGGAUUGUCCUGCACUUCGAAUCAUAUCUGUGGAGUAUGACACGAGUCUCAGCGACUGGAGGGCAAGGUGCCCUACGGAGAGAAAGUCCAUUGCAUUCAGAAGCAACGAACUUCUCAGCAAGCUCAAAGCUGCUGGUGUUGGGGAUAGGCCAAUGAUUUGGAUCUCACACAGCAUGGGAGGUCUCCUUGUCAAGAAGAUGCUGUUGGAAGCCUCUAAGAACCCAGAGCUGAGCGCGGUGAUAAACAAUACCAGAGGAAUCAUUUUUUACAGUGUCCCUCAUCACGGGUCACAUUUGGCUGAAUACUCCGUUAAUAUUCGAUAUCUUCUCUUCCCCUCUCUGGAAGUCAAAGAACUCAGCAAGGACUCUCCUGCCCUGAAGAUGCUACAGGAUGACUUUCUGGAGUUCGCAAAAGACAAAAACUUCCAAGUGCUGAACUUCGUAGAAACACAGCCAACAUUUAUCGGCAGCAUGAUUAAACUGCAUAUAGUGCCUGUGGAGUCUGCAGAUUUAGGCAUUGGGGAUCUAAUUCCUGUGGACGUCAACCACUUAAAUAUUUGCAAGCCAAAGACAAAAGAUGCAUUUUUGUACCAACGUACUCUACAAUUCAUCUGCGAAACUUUAGCCAGAGACCUUGAAAACUGACAGCUACGUUCUUCCAUUUUUGUGUGUGAAUACAGUGCAAGAAACGUGGCAUUCUCCAUCUCUUGUUAAGCUCUACGCAGUCCUGUGCACUCACUGCACGUGGGUUGCAGACAGCAGAGCGCAGCUCUUCACGCAAGCACUGGGAGAUGCCCGAGUAUACCUGGAGGCCACAGAGGAAGGGUUACAUUGAGAAACUCCUUUGUGCUGGGCCUUGGGGUUGGGAGCAGAGCUGCUGUGGCCAGAGGGCCUGACCACCUGAGACUUUCCCAGUUUACCCAAGAGUCCUGACAGGCAGCUUAGCACACUAUGAGAAUGAAAUUUGGGGAAAAGAAGCUAGAACUUACAGAGGCUGUGUCUGACCUGGCUAUCAUGUGUUGUAAUGUUUUACUGCCAGUUUUUAAUGUCAAUAUGUCAGUUACACAUUUGACACUUUUUCAGUGGUUCCCACACACCUGCUUGUAUGCGUGGACCAGUCUUGUAUGCUUCUGGUUUUUUCAUAUUGCUCAGAACAGUUGUUUUUUUAAGUAUUCUUUCUAGGAUAUUUUAAUUAGUUAUUCAGUAAUAUGCUCCAGAUAAGGUAAGGAUCAGGUUAUGAACAAACCCAUUUGAAGCGAUCAGGUAUACUAACCACUUAGUGUCACGACUCUCAGAUUCUCUGGCUAUAUAAUAUAGUUUUCCUUCACACUUUUUAGAGGGAGGAUAGGAACUCAUGCUGAUAACCUUUUUUGUGUUUGAGUAAUAGCAUUAUUAACAUGAAAUUCAUGGUGUGUGUGUGUGUGUGUGUGUGUACACACAUGUAUAUGUAUGCGUGUGCGCCAGCAUGCAUAUGUGUGGUGCUAGGGAUCAAACCUGAAACCUUGUGCAUGCUAGCCAAGUACUCUGCCAGUAUGCUAUGUCCUCAGCCCCAAAUAUAUAUCUAGGAAGAACACAACUUACUGAUUUUGGUAUAUUCAAAGUUACCAACUAUCACCACUGUCCAAUUUCAGUCUAUUGUAUUGUCCCCAAAGAUGUCUCAGCAGCAGGCAGUCCCCUCCUGUGACCCUAACCCCAGUAAACACUAACACUUUCCAUCUCUGUGCAUUUGCCUAGUGGACAUUCAUAAAGUUAGAGGCUUCACCGUGUUGUUCUUGGCAUAAUGGUUCUUUGUUUCAUUGGUCUUUUUCUGCCUCUCUGUGCUUCUUCCCUGUCAAGCAGGGAGCACUUUUGCCCAUCCUCCCAUUCUCCCUUGAUGUCCUGUUUUACACCAUGACCAGUGACCAGUGACUGAAACCAUGAGCAGCAGACCUCUCAUUUAACUCUGCUGCCCAGGUAUCUGUCUUGGAGGUGAAUGUGAAUAUGGUUCUAUUUAAAACUGCAAUCUGAACAGAGCUAAGUUAGUGUUGCUGUUUUUCUGACAAGUCAGUCAGCAUUUCUCCUCUGUUUAUAUGGUAGAAAGGCCACUCUCCAUUUGUCACAAAGGCAUAGAAGAGGCUUCUCAUACACAAGACAAAGGAUAAUAGAGCAAGACAGAACAAAUACAGCACUGGCGGAAGAGGUACUUGUAACCUAGCACUUGGGAGGCAGAGGCAGGCGAAUUUCUGAGUUCAAGGCCACUCUGGUCUACAGAGUGAGUUCUAGGACAGCCAGGGCUACACAGAGAUACUUUGUCUCAAAAAAAAAAAAAAAAGCAGUACCAUUCUGAACAAAGACAUGAUUGAAAACAAACGAGCACAGAGAGAUAACUACAAAACAGUGGGGCAUUAAAGACUGUACAAACACAUUGCUCAGCAUAGACACACAGUAGCUGCAGAAAGAAAGUAAAAAGAUACCAACUAUCAGACCUUUCAAAGGCAAGUAACCCUCCUAUCUCACAUUAGACACAGUAACAAGGAAGAAACUUCAUUCUCAGCUAAGCCGCCCUUGAAACCAGUAUCAGCCUAAUUAACAGAUAUGGUCAGGCUGCAGGAACUCAAGUGUUGGCGAAGCCUAACUGUUCAGCUUGAGUUCAUAUAAAUUAGAAUGUGACAGAAUGGCACAGAAUGUAAUCUGGUAUUUUAUUAUAAAUGCACAUAGAUUUCUGAAUGUUAGUGAUAGUUUAUGGAUACAUUUGAAGUAAAACAAUCCACAACUAAAAUAUUUUGGUGAAGAGAGGACAUUACUGUUACAGGGUUAAAGAAAAGCCAGUAUGGCUGCAACUCUGACAUUCAACAAGGGGCAGAACCAGAGACAGCAAGGAUGGAGUUGCUAGGAAUUUGAGUUGGGAGAUGCACAGGAGCAAGGUUCAAGGUCUUUCUAGGGCAGAGAAGUGGCUCCGAUACUGCAACGUAGAUGGUGCAUUGUUAUACCUUAGAUGUACAGCACAGGAAGCGAAGCUGAAUGUGAAGCCGGGGCCGUCAGAGGUAAUGGCGUGCCAGCGUAAGGUCAUUAGUUGUAGCCAUCCUAAGGCAGGCAUCUGGGAGAGCUCCCUAUGGGAACAGGUAGUGUGUGGGAACCCUAUAUUCCUUAAAUUUAACUUUCCCCUGUUGACACUAAUCUUACUCAGCAUACCGCUGAGCCCAGCCCAGCCAGGGACAGUUUGCAUUGUAGUGAGUGUGAGCCUGUCUCCUACCCCCUUGGAACAAAGAUCCUGCAGUCUGCUGAUUCCUUUCUUGGCCAGGUCUGAGUCACACAAAGAGAAAUCUUACUGGUUUACCAUCUUGAGAUUACCAGUAUAUUCUUAAUCCUGAGAGACACAAUAUGAGUAACUAUAUUCUGUGAAUAAGAUCAGAAUAAACAUGGGUAGACUUUGAAGAGUACAUAGUCCCAUCUGAUUCCAUGAAAAAAUGUAUCCAAAGCACCCUCAGAGUUCAUCCAUUCCUCAGCCUGCUGUAAGGGCCUCUGGAAGACAGACUAGCCUCACCCAAGCUUCACACAUAGCCAGGCAUGAUUCCUGUGUGUGUGUUACAUCAGUGAUCCAUGACAGCCGCUCUCACACAAUACAUCCUAAGGCUUAGCUUUUUUCUUUCUCUGUUUACAUCUAGUUGCUCUGUGUGUGCGCACACACAAGUCAGAGGGCAACAUUUGGGAGUUGCGAGUCCUGGGACUGAACUCAGAUCUUCAGGCUUGACAGCAAGCACCUCUCGCUGCUCAGCCACCUCUUGGCCCUCAAGCCAUAAAUUUGUAACCUUAUUCUCUGGCUUUUCAACCAGUCCCAAUUGUUGAGAGAUUGAGAGAACCAAAACAUCACACAGUACAAACUAGCUAGCUAUUGCAUUUGACAUCAAGGAAGGCUGGCCAAAGAGAAGAGUCUGAGGAUUCUCUUCAGGUCUGAAAAAAGCUUCAAUUUUAAAAAGACGAAAACAUCUAAUGCAUCCAACAUAGGACAAAUUACCAAUCAAGAUCCACAGCAGGCUCUGAUUGGUCACUGAUCUCUGGGUGUAAGUUUCUCAGUCUCCCUUUCCAAUGAAAUGACCAUUCGAAAGUCAUUUUAACAAAUGACUUCCUUUAUACAUGUCGGGGAGAUCUUUCAAGUAUCUCAAACUUUAGCAACCUUAGGCCUUUGUAGAAAUUUCUGCAGUUCCUAAUUUCAGUCACCUUAACAAAUAUUUUUAGCUUGUAGGAAAUCAGAGCGUCUAUACUAGGGUCAGUGAGACUGAAAUUGUCAGCAUUGCCCCUGAAAUGCUGUGCAAAACGACUGAGUACCCACACUUUGUAACUUUGGCUGUCCUGGUACAAUGUAGGCCAGGCUGGGUUCUCACAGAUAAACCCCUGCCUCUGACUCCUGAAUACUGGAUUAAAGAUGUAUGCUACCA